UGUAAACAAAUCCUCACCACAUGAGAGGAUAAAUCCUGAAAUAUUUAAUAUAAUUUUAAUUAAUUGGAUAGUCUGAAAACGAAUUAGAGCCUUAAGAGUAAAAUGCCUAAACCAAAAGGAAAGGGAAGAGCAGGGGGGCACUCAAAACAUGAAGGCAAAUCUAGUAGCAAAAGACCUAACAAACGCCCUGCCGGGGAAGUUCACGAAGAAGGAGAUUCGGACAUUGUUCACAGACUCGCUGGACUUGAAGUUGAAAGUGAUGAUUCCGAAAAUUCUGGUCAAAGCUCAGGAGAUGAAGCAGCAAAAGAGCCUGAAAUUAACUAUGCCGUGGCCAUGUGGGACUUGGAGCAGUGUGACCCUCGAAAGUGCUCGGGAAGAAAACUCGCCAGGCACGGAAUGAUGAAGACCCUGAAGCUGGGUCAGAGGUUUCCCGGUCUGGUUCUGACUCCAGCUGGAGAUCGGUGCGUUUCGAUGGAAGACAGAGACGUUUUGAUGGACAAAGGUAUCGCUGUGGUGGACUGUUCUUGGGCGAGGCUGGAAGAAGUUCCUCUUUCAAGAAUGCGAACGCCUUAUCCUAGACUCUUGCCUUAUUUAGUGGCGGCCAACCCUAUUAACUACGGAAGACCCUGCCAACUAUCUUGUGUAGAAGCGCUUGCUGCAACGUUUUACAUAUUAGGUGAAAGAGACACAGCCAAUUACUAUUUAAGUAAAUUCUCAUGGGGCCACAGUUUCAUCAAGCUGAAUGAAGAUUUGUUAAAUAUUUAUGCAGCAUGUAAGGAUGGAGCCGAGGUUAUUCAAGCUCAAAACAAAUACUUGGAAAAUGAACAAAUCGAAAGACAGAAACGCAAAGAAUUACCCGAUUUUCCGCCAUCUGAAAGUGAAUCAGAAGACUCUUCAUGAAUGUUUGCAAUAAAAUGAAGAUUUAAUAUGGCAAAA